GCCAUGUCCCUGCUCCCGUGGCUCCGGGCGAACGAGGGGCCGCCACGGCCGUCCCCGAGGAGUCCGGCGGAGAUGGUGCUGGAGACGCUCAUGGUGGAGCUGGCGGGGCAGAUGCGCGAGGCUGAGCGGCAGCAGCGGGAGCGCAGCCACGCGGUGAGGAAGGUCUGCACCCGCGUGGACUACAGCUGGCUGGCCAGCGCGCCGCGGCCCACCUACGACCUCAGCCCCGGCGAGAGGCUGCAGCUGGAGGACGUCUGCGCCAAGAUCCACCCGGCCUACUGUGGGCCCGCCAUCCUCAGGUUCCGACAGCUGGUGGCGGAGCAGGAGCCGGAGGUGCAGGAGGUCUCCCGGCUCUUCCGCUCGGUGCUGCAGGAGGUCCUGGAAAGGAUGCAGGAGGAGGAGGAGGCGCAGCGGCUGACGCGCCAGUGGAGCCUGCGGGCCCCCCGAGGCAGCCUGGCCACCUUCAGGAGCCGCGCGCGCAUCGCCCCCUUCGCCAGCGACAUCCACACCAUCUCCGAGGACGUGGAGCGGGACACGCCGCCGCCGCGGGCCUGGAGCAUGCCCGAGUUCCGGGCACGGAAGGAGGACUGA